GACGGUAGCGGUCCCCAGGGCUAUGGUAUCGUCUACUCUCCUUACACCGACAGCGGUGACUGCAAGUCUCAGGACGAUGUCAACAGCGACUUCGCCAAGAUCAUGGCGUACGCUCAGAACAACGGCGACACCUACGACUUCGUCCGUAUCUACGGUACCGACUGCAACCAGGUCUCGACUGUCCUCAACGUCUGUGAGAAGUACGACCUGAAGAUCUUCGCUGGUGUUUACAACAUCUGGGAGCCCUCGGCCUUCUCUCAGGAGCUCAACAUCCUCACCACCGCCGCCAACGGUGACUGGUCCAGAUUCAACACCAUCGCCAUUGGUAACGAGGUCGUUAACCAGGGCAAGGUCGCUGCCAAGGACGUCAAGGGUCUGGUCGACCAGGCCAGAGGUGUUCUCAACGGUGCCGGCUACACUGGCCCCAUCGUUGCUGUCGACACUCUCGUCGCUAUGGUUGCCAACGGCGAGUUCCUUUGCGAUGCCUCUGACUACGUCGCUGUCAACUCUCACCCCUUCUUCGAUGGUUCCGUCCUUCCCGAGAACACUGGCGAGUGGCUGCUCAAGGGUAUGGAGGAGGUUUCCAGCGUCUGCAACGGCAAGAAGACCUGGAUCACCGAGACUGGCUGGCCCACUCAGGGUAACACCAACGGCGUUGCUGUUCCCAGCGUCCAGAACCAGAAGUCCACCAUCUCUUCCAUGAAGUCUGUCGUCUCUUCCAACAUCAUCUGGUUCACCGCCUUCAACGAUAUGUGGAAGACUAACAGCGCUUCCACCUUCAACGCUGAGCAGUACUGGGGCAUGUGCAACAACUAA